AUGUCCGCAUCGCGGUGUUCUGCAGCUCUCUGGGUCUGUCGCCGGUGCUUCCCUCGGGCUAGCGCUGACCAUGUAAGUUCGAUCUCAACUCUCGCGAGGUCGGCAUCAAGGGACUCGCAUGAUGCGCGCAUUGCUUCUUUCACUUCCUCGAGAAGCUUGCCAGUCUCGAUCUCAGACUCUUCCAACGGCUUUGCAAAGGCCUUGUCCAUAUCUGUGCGACCUUUUGCCUCCAGUCCCGCAAGGGGUGCCAAGAAGAAGAACAAAAACAAGGCCUCGGCAAGCUCCUCUGCAAAGGCUGAUGAAAACUCGGCUGGCCCUUCAAGAUACCCUCCCCUUCCGCAAGGCUGGCAGGCAGUCAUCGGCGUCGAAUGCCAUGUCCAGAUCAAGGACAAGCAUAAGCUCUUCAGCACUGCCGAGCUACCCACACCUUCCACGCCGCCGAAUACCCUCGUCACGGCUUUCGAUGCCGCUCAUCCUGGCACCUUUCCCACACUCAACCGCUCGGCGCUACGACUAGCUGCUCGCACAGCUGUAGCACUCAACUGCCGGGUACAUCCCGAAAGUCGCUUCGAUCGAAAACACUACUUCUACUCGGACUUGCCGGCAGGUUACCAGAUCACGCAGAAGUACGCCCCCUUGGCAAAUGAUGGCUCAGUGAAGCUCUCCUUCGACGAAGGUCAUCUUCCUAGCCCCGAGGAUGAGAUUACAGUCGCCAUCGAGCAACUUCAGCUCGAGCAGGAUACGGCCAAAUCAAGUUACUUUGACACGGGAACGACUUCGCGCUUCGACGAGGGGGCGGCGCCGAUCGACGACAUUCGUGCAGAUGCGACUCCAAAAGCGACACUGAACGAAGCGGACGAUGACCGCGUGGGGCGUAGCUUUGUCGAUCUCAAUCGCGCCGGUUCCGGCCUCAUGGAGAUCGUCAGUGGUCCACAGAUGCGCACUCCAGAGCAGGCGGGCGCCUAUGUGCGCAAGCUGCAAGAGCUAGUCCGUCGAGUCGGCGCUUCUGACGGUAACAUGCAAGAAGGGUCUCUGCGCUGUGAUGUCAACGUGUCUGUCAACCGCAUCGGGGAUCCUUUCGGUACUCGCUGCGAAGUCAAGAAUCUCAACAGCGUGCGGUUCAUGAUGAAUGCCAUUUCGUACGAAUCGCAUCGACAGGUCAAGCUGCUCGAACAGCACGGGCGCGUCGAGCAGGAGACUCGAGGAUACAACGAGUCGGACGGAACCACCUUCCGGCUGCGUGGAAAGGAGGAUGCGCCGGACUACAGGUACAUGCCAGAUCCCAAUCUGCCUCCUGUCUUGCUGUCCGAGCGACAGAUCCAGGCCCUACGCGAGGGCCUGCCCGAGCUGCCCGAUGCGAGCCGUGCACGGCUGAGCGAACAGUACGGUCUCACCUCUCGCGAUAUCAACGUGCUUAUGAGGGUGGGAUCUGAGGACGAGAGGGAUGGUCGCAUUGCGCUACAGGCUCUGCAGGAAGAGGGUCAGUAUCCACAGCAGGAUACAGACGCAGUGGAAUACUUUGAGAGCGUAGCAAAGGGACGUUCUGCGCAGACGGCGCUCAACUGGAUCAUCCACGAGCUCAUGAAGGGUCUUAACGCCAGAAAUCUGCCCUUCAAGGAGUGGCUUUUGCCAGCUGACUUUCUCGGCCAGUUGAUCGACUUGGUGGAAAGCGGACAGGUCACUGGCACCACGGCCAAGUCUGUCGUUGCUGAUCUCCUCUCUUCUUCUCAACCUGGGCACGGUAGCAGCAGCAGUGCCAUUUCGCUUGCGUCGCUACGAGAAUCAGCCAAGAAGUCGUCGUCACCCGUACUUGAUCUACUCAAGGAGCGCGAUAUGCUUGCGCUUUCGACCAGGGAAGACUUGCUCCCGCUCGUCGAGUCGGCGUUGGAGAGACUGCCAGAUGAAGUUGCACAGGUGCGCAAGGGGAAUCUCAAGGUAGCGAUGCGGAUUGUCGGCCAGGUGAUGAAGGAUGCGAAUGGUAGAGCGGAUGCUAAGCUCGUCCAUCAGACGAUUCUGGAGCAGCUGGGACAGACGUCUUCCUCUUGA